AUGAAGUCCGUGCGUAAAAUCCAGAAGAUCACGAAGGCCAUGAAGAUGGUCGCCGCGUCGAAGAUGCGGUCGGCGCAGGCCGCAACGGAGAAGUCCCGCGGUAUGGUGAAGCCACUCGUGCGGAUGCUGGGAGACAUGCCUGCUGCCUCUGUUGACAAGAACCUGACAAUGCCGAUUUCGACGGACAAGGGGCUGUGUGGAGGCAUCAACAGCACAGUGUCCAAGUAUACCUGUGUGCUGCGCAAAAUGAAUCAAGCGGAGCUUGAAGAGGAACCUCGAUUCUGGAGAGCUGGACACAUACGAAAUUGA